AUGGACCCAGGACUCUGUAUAAUUCAUUGUGCUGAUUAUCUUUUUAAAUAUGCAGCACUAAAAAAUGGAAAUGAUUGUAGAUGUGGUAAUGACACUGGUUUAGAUGCUUACAUUAAAUUAACUAAUGAUAAGUUAAUAAAUACAACUUGUAAUAUCAAAUGCGUUGGUAAUUCAAGUUAUAUAUGUGGUGGAAAAGAUGGCUAUACUGUUUAUAAUGCAUUAACGGCUAUUUCAAGUUAUAGAGUACCUAAUAUAACUAUCAGUCAAAAACUUGAAAUAAUUAAUGACCUUCGCCUUAAGAAGGAUGUAAGAUAUAAAGGAUGUUAUAAGGAAAGCCCUUAUUGUAAUCAAAGAAUUUUAAAUGGUACAUCAGAUGAACCUUCUGGAAUGACAAUUGAAGAGUGUUUAAAAUUUUGUGAUGAGAGAAAAUAUAAGUAUGCAGGACUCGAG